UAAUAUAUUAUAAUAUAUUAGAUUUUUAGAAAACCCGAUAUUAUGUGUUUAGAACUCUCGUUCUGUUGAGUUGUAUUUCGCGAAGUAAAUAAUUAAUAAACAGUUUCAGCUCACCUCACAAUUUGCAAUGAACGAGAAGACAUAUUCCAGGAUAGUAUUUUAUUCAACUUUGAUUUUCGUACCCGUCAUAUUCUGUUGUAUAAUACUCGGAGGACAACCAUCUGUAUCAUCUUCAUUCGUAAACACCAAAGAGAAGUUUAAUUGUUCAAAUGGAGUGUCGAUCGAAACGUCCGAGGUUUGUGAUGGUCGUAAGGAUUGUUCAGAUAGUUCAGACGAGACCGUAGCAUUGUGUGCUCGAAACGAGUAUCGAAAUAAUUUUUCCACGGAUUGCGGUAGAGUAUAUAUAAACCAAGAAACAAUAGUUAAUGGUCAAAACGCAACUGUUGGAACCGCACCAUGGCAUGCUGGAAUAUAUAGAUUCGUUAAAAACGUUUACAAUCAUGAAUUCCUUUGUGGCGGAUCAAUUAUUUCUUCAAAUUUAGUCGUUACGGGGGCUCGUUGUUUUUGGUAUCAUCGUGGUAUGUCAUCUAAUAUAAUAACAAACAUCAAUGGUCUGUACAAAAUUGCCGUUGGUAAAUAUGAUAGAAACUUUUCAGUUAUUGACAAUAACUUUACUCAAAUAAUGGAUGUGGAAAAUAUUUACCUGGAAAAAGGUGGAUUUUUUGAGUUUUUAGCUAAUAAUAUAGCUAUUGUUGUGUUAAAAAACCGAGUUUCUUUUAGUUAUUAUAUUGUACCUGUUUGUGUUGACUGGGAUGAAAAAUACAAUGUAGUCAAUGGAGAUCAAGGAAAGAUUGUUGGUUGGGGAUAUCCGAAUAACGGCAGUAUAAGUCCUAUUUUAUCAGAAUUAUCUUUACCAUACAUCAACCUUAGUACUUGCCGAAAAAUGUACCCAAACGUAUCUCGUGUUGUUUUAACUUUUGAUAAGUUUUGUACCGCUUCUGAAUUAGGACCAGAUGUAAGUGUGGGGUAUGACGGUGAUGGCUUGAGCUUUUUCCACAACAAUUCUUACUAUUUGACUGGAGUAACGGGUAUCAAGGAUCCACUAAGUUCACUAACAGUUUUUACAGAAGUGAAGUACCACAUACAAUGGAUUCGUGGACUGUAUAACAAACACAAAUAAUUUAAUUAGAUUAUGGUCAUGUUAUUAAAAUGAUUUAUUCCAAUUUUAUUAUUGUAAUUCAAACCGAUAUUAGUAUAAAUAGAUUUUUACUUAUGUGUACAAUUUUUUAACAGUUCUUACAAUAAUAAUUGUUCAUUUAAAUUAAACCUUAUGCAUGUCAUAAUUAUUAGUACCUAAGCGUUGUAUAAUAUAAAGUUGAAACAUAUUA